UGCCCACGUUGCCAAGCGCAUUCACCACCAACACCCACACACCGUCGUCGCUGGCACACGCCCUUCUAGUCAUCAGGAUGCACCCACCAGGCACCAAGACCAGCCAACAGCAGCAGAUCCAGCAGCAGCAACAGAUGCCGCCGCCCGUACCACCAUUCUCCCGCACACGGCCCACUUACCCACCCAAGCAUGAGCAUGAGUAUGAGGAGGAGUGGAGGUACGGACGUGGGCGUCAGAGGUACUACGCCCGCGACAUGGCUAUGCGGGCGUGCUAUGACCUGUGGAGGCGACGCUACAACGAGAUGCCUGCUGACCCCGCCCAGAACUACGCCCCCCAGAGCCACUACUCCGGUGUUCCUGCUGACAUCCUGCGGGUGGAACAUGUGGACUUCCGGUCACAAGAGAACGCCAAGGACCACAGGACCUUUCAGUACGACUUGGUGCAGGACCACGACCGCCCUACCCCAGUGUACCGCAGGGGACAGGCCUUUCAUCUCUCUCUAGUGACGCGGGAGCGGGAGUUCGACUGCACAAGGGACCACCUGUACCUCAACUUCUACUUCGGGCCAGCGCCUUCCGUACCCAAGAGGACGAGGGUGGUACUGCCAGUCACCAUCCAGAAGGAGUUCACCCGAGCUCCUCAGAAGUGGGACGUCCGCAUCCAGGCCCAGGACGGUAACACCCUCACGCUGCAGGUGCACAUCCCGGCUACGUGCUCGGUGGGAGUGUGGCGGUGUGUGGUGGAGACUGCUACUAAGAACUAUCCCAAGAACAGAACUCAGUACCGCGCCCCGGAGGAUCUCUACGUUAUUUUCAAUCCCUUUUGUAGAGACGACGCCGUAUACAUGGAGAACGAAGCCCAGCGCUCAGAGUACGUGAUGACGGAGAGCGGGAAGGUGUACCGCGGAGGUUCAAGGUUCAGCCACGGCCGACCCUGGAUCUACGGCCAGUUCGACGACUGUGUCCUUCCUACCGCCUGCCUCCUGCUGGAGAUGUCCUCCCUCACACACACUGAGAGAGGCAACCCUGUCAAGGUCACCAGGGCCCUCUGCUCCAUGAUCCAGGCGUCUCGUCGUGGUCGUCGAGACCGCGAGGACGAGCACGGGGAGGGUGUCCUCGAGCCCCACUACGAAGACGACUUCCGGGGAGGCCAGAACCCCCACCUGUGGACCGGUUCCGUCAAGAUCCUGCAGGAGUACCUGAUGAGGGGUGCCACCGCCAUCAAGUACGGCCAGUGCUGGGUCAUGGCAGCCCUCAUGACCUCAGUGUGCCGCGCCCUGGGUGUGCCUGCCCGCCCCACCACCGCCCUCACCUCCGCCCACGACACCCAAGAGACCCUCACCUUAGAUCGAUACAUCGACCGCUUUGGUGACGUGAUCGAGCGAGGUCCAGGACGUGACCAGCCAGACUCCCUGUGGGCGUUCCAUACCUGGUGUGACGUGUGGAUGGCCCGCCCAGACCUGCCCUCUGGCUACUCCGGCUGGCAGACUACAGACCCCGCCCGCGCCUACCACAGUAGGUUCUCAACUGGGUGUGGCCCAUCGUCGACGGAGGCACUAAAGAAGGGAGAUGUCGGCUACUCCCAAGACACAGGCGCCUUCUUCUCUGCCCUCAACUCCUUCGUUAGGUACUAUUACGAGGACGACGACUCCGAGUGGGGCUACACACCCUACAUGCAGAACAGGAUGCCGGUGUGUCGUUCGGUGGUGACGAAGGCAGUGGGGCGACACGACGACGACGGAGAAGCGGAUUGCGAGGAUGUGACCAAGACCUACCGCGACCUGGAGCGAUCCGAGCCAGAGAGGUUCACCGUGUUCAACGCCUGUCGGGGAGUGAGGAAGGACCACGUUUACUACGACUACCAGGACCAGGGCAGAUAUGAUGUGGAAUUUGAGCUUCAAGAACCAAAGCAAGUGGCAGCAGGCCAGAGUGUGAGUGUGACCCUUCAGGUGCAUAACAAUACGUCCGAGACCCGAACUGUGCAGGCCACCAUCUCGACCAGGAGCGCCUUCUACACCGGGGUGUUUGGAACGCAUCUGAAGAGGGUCACUGGCCAGUUCACACUUUCGGGCGGCCAGAAAGACACUCUCACCCUUAAGCUGGACGCCUCUGAGUACCAGGACCACCUGGUGGACAUGGGCUUCAUCAAGAUCACCGCCACUGGCCACGUCUCAGAGAACAAACAAUCAUACAUUGACGAGUUCGACUUUCAGUUUGAGAAGCCGAGGAUGAGCAUUGAGGUGCCAGAGUGCCAGGUUGGCCAGGAGUGCACUGCCACCUUCACCUUCAGUAACCCGCUGGAUGUGGCACUCACAGACUGCUUCUUCAGCAUGGAGGUGGGCGGAGCAUACAGACCCAGGACGGUGAGAGUGAAUCGGGAAGUGAGGCCGAGGGAAACCUUCACUUACAGCCAGACCUUCGUGCCUCGUAAGGCCGGAGACCAUCGCAUGGUUGCCUCUUUCGCGUCUCGUCAGCUCCACGACGUGACGGGCUCCCGCAAGCUCACCAUCCGCGACUAGAUGGCUGCCGCGAAAGACAGGAUUGUGGAUGUGUGCGUAGAAGUAGAGAAACUCUAUAUGAGUAGGCAUAUAAGAGGAAGAACUGUCCUCACAGGGUGUAGGACGAUACAACCUUUAAUGUGGAGGUGUAGAACUAGUGAAAUUUUGCUGGAGAAGAAAUAGCGAACUAUAUUAUUGUUAUGGGAUGUAGACCUAGUUCUUACCAUAUUUCUAAUAGGUACAGUAACACACGCAUCGGACAAAACCUAAAAAAAAAUAACAUCUAAUUCACAGAGUGGUGGGCGUGAAUGGCAACGUCGGGAGCAUGUGUGUAUUGAGGGUGGAAACAAAUUGUUUUGAAUGAAUGAAUGUAUACUGUAUAUCUUAAAUGAAGGAAGGUAAGUUAAACCUCUAUAGGGACAGCAUGAGAAAACAAGAAUGAAUUUUACUGUACUGUUUUUAACCAAAGACGAAUCAGUUCAGACUAAUCUAUAUAUUUGUUGUUAUAGAAGUGGGAUUAAUAGUCAGAAUGUAGUGUGAAAGACGUCACUAAUAUCAAACAUAAUCGGUAACCGUUCAAACCUCUGAUAAACUCUGUAACUUUAACACUGAUUUCAUUUCUCAGAUAUGCACAUCUUUUCCGAUUUUACUCAUUUUAGUAAGAAGAUAACAGGAGGGGGGAAGUAUGGUUUGAAACACCUGCGAUAUGAUAAACUACAACAUGUUUCCCUAAACAUAAAUAAUCACACGAAUAAAGACGAAAAUGUCUUUAAUCGAAGUGUUCAUCAUAGAGUUUUAUAUUUGGUUCUCUAAUAGUCGAAAAGUGAGUGAGGAAGAUAUUGACUAUUUAAAGAACCUCAGAACGUUAGUUUCAAAUUUUCACAAGGUUUCUCUUCUUUAAAACUCAAAUCUACAUAAUAAAUUUUUCAACAAAACUACGGUUACCGUCGCUAUACUUAACUAUUGUAGAUUAGAUAGUCCAUUGAAAUUACGACGACAACGACGACGACAUACGCAUGUUACCGGACAUCGGCAAUUUCGGUUCGUUUUCUUCAAGUAAAGCCAUUCUUCGUAGAAAAUGGCAAUUAUCUAGUGUCUGAGCUUUGUAACGUAAACUGAACUAUAGCAUUAGCUCAUGAAAGCUCGGAGAUAUGGCUAUGGGAACGUUAAUCCUGUGCUGCAUCUGAAGAAAAAAUGGAGAGACAACAUGUGUGAAUUGGAGACUGCCUGAAGAGGGAAUUUUUCAGAAUGUUAUUUUUUUCAUUUAUAACCUUCCCAUGGAGCCCCCAUAUCUCUGAUCAAAGAUAGCAAAAUGUGUUUGUUUAGCAUAGAUAUUAUGGUUGUGGGUCGCUAGUUAUGCCAUAUGAAAAUGAUACAAAAAAACGUCAAAUGGAAGCCUGAGAGCCUACUUGAAUUUUCCCUGGCCUGUGUUUACGCUUAAUAGUGAAGAAGAAAUGAAAAGUGUACUAGUUGAGCAAAUAAACAUCUUCUGCAGCA